AUGUUCAGCGGCAAGAACUACAUCAACCAGAUCUGGAAUGCAGGAAAUACGCUGCGAGAUGCGAUGGCCCGUCUGACCAGUAUUAUGGAAUAUUUCGGUCGAGAGGGACGAGCGCAGAAUCUCCCUCUCAGUGUUCUUGCAUACGUUGCUAUGCCCCUCGUCCUCACAGCCAUCGACCUCAAACUCUCCCCAUCAGCAUCAGAAAUGGACCGCCGCCGCCGCCGUCUCGACUCCCUAGGCGAGAUAGUGCGCCAUUCCGGGCGCGUCUACGAUGUCACCGACUUCGUCACAGCAGGGACAAACCACAUCCUCCGGCUGGCUUAUAUGACCUCCCAGCAUCUCUUCCUCCGCUGGGACCAGGACCAGCAGGGUCAAAUACCCGGGAGACGCGGCUCCAGCCCUCCACAGCAGUCCAGCUCGACGGGCAAGGAACUAGUCGAGUCCUCGUCGGCUGGCCGGGCAAAUACGUGGCACGAAGCGUUUUUGAAGUUCCCUCGGGCAUACCUCCUUAUCUCUACGUCUGUAGACUACAGUCUUGCGGUUGGGAGGUUACCCUACGACAACGCGCUCCCGGAACUCGUACGGAGCAUCCCUCCUAUCGGGAUGAGCAUUCGACUCCCUUGGACGAUUGACAAUCCCCCAGUACAGAUUCCGACGAGUCGGCGCUUGACAAGAUCGGAUAGUCUCCCCUAUAUCCAGACUGCAACAACACCUGUGAGCGCAACGACCGAGCAAACGAACCACGACGUGCACACUCUCCCCGACGACGCCUCAAUCCAGACAAACCUGGCCGAACAAGGCGACUUUUCUGUCGCUUCCCAGGUAACAACUACACUCCCAAAUAGCAUGACAAUGCCGCUGCCAGAUCGCAGCGAGGUCGAGAACCCAAUACAGCUAGAGACUAGCGACAAUGACCAGAUAAACCUCGACUACCUGUACCUGGAGCCGGAUAGCACAAACGGAGAACAAAUUAUAGACCCUACGUCAGAGUUCAACCGCAUGCAGUUCCAGCAGGGCUUCGAUCCGCUGAUUUCAUCGUGGGUGCAGGAGUAUUUUGGCGAGGGGUUGUCGCCGCCGCAGCAGCAGCAGAGUCCGAAUAUGGAGCUGGAUGGGUUGAGUUUGGGUUGA